UUGACACUUCAACUUGCUCUGCUCUGCUAGUUGAUUCAGUUACUCACUCACUAACGUUUAGCUGCUUUUCUCUCUGUGAGGAAAAAAAGAAGAUAUUUUAAACGAUCGGAAAAAUUAUUAGGAAUUUCUUUACCUUUCUCGGAUCCGUAAUAUAUAUUUCUUGGAAAAGGUUAAAAAGUGGGGUGUCUUCAACAGAACAUGUGAAGGGAGGGGGGGACGGCGUAGAAGAAUCCAAUCUUCUAAGGCCAAAAAUAUAUUGGCAUUCAAUGAGGAUGCACAGGGGGGGUUGAGAAAAUACUUCACUGAGAAUUUCAAAAUACAUUCAGAGUGGAGAACUUUAAUGGCUUUCAGGUAGAAUCCAAGGAGAGACAAUCAAAAUGAACACUAUACCGUCUAUGGACAGGCACAUACAGCAGACCAACGACCGGCUGCUGUGUAUAAAACAGCACUUACAAAAUCCAGCAAAUUUCCAGACGGCAGCCACGGAGCUCCUGGACUGGUGUGGUGAUCCACGGGCAUUCCAGCGACCUUUCGAGCAGAGUCUGAUGGGCUGUUUGACGGUUGUCAGCAGAGUAGCUGCACAGCAAGGGUAUGACUUGGAUCUUGGAUACAGACUUCUUGCUGUAUGUGCAGCAAACAGGGACAAAUUUACUCCAAAGUCAGCAGAGACCAACACCUGCAGGAGAUGUCAGAGUGAUACAGCCCUCCUGUCAUCGUGGUGCGAGGAAUUGGGGCGACUAUUGCUUCUCCGUCACCAGAAGAACCGUCAGAGCGAACCUCCAGGGAAAAUACCCAUGCAGCCGCCCAUGAACUCUAUGAACUCCAUGAACUCCAUGAACUCCAUGGGCUCCAUGAAGCCCACACUCUCGCACGGUGAUGGGUCCUUUCCCUAUGACUCCGUUCCCUGGCAACAAAAUACUAAUCAGCCCCCAGGUUCGUUGUCUGUGGUUACAACGGUUUGGGGUGUAACCAAUACUUCUCAAAGUCAGGUGCUGGGAAAUCACAUGGCAAAUGCUAACAACCCCAUGAACCCUGGUGGUAAUCCCAUGGCGUCUGGGAUGUCCGCCAACAAUCCUGGCAUGAACUCACCUCAGUUCCCUGGUCAGCAGCAACAGUUCUCAGCCAAGACUGGCUCAAAUCAACAAUACAUGCAGCAGGGCAUGUAUGGACGGCCUAGUUACCCAGGAGGGGGAGGCUUUGGAGGGAGUUAUCCAGGUGGUCCAAAUACUCCAGGCGGUAUGGGUAUUCCCCAGCACACGCGGCCUCCAAAUGAUUUCACCCAGCCUGCCGCUGCCGCUGCCGCUGCUGCAGUUGCUGCUGCUGCUGCCACGGCAACUGCCACCGCCACGGCCACUGUGGCAGCACUCCAGGAAACCCAGAACAAGGACAUGAACCAGUAUGGAUCGGUGUGUUCUUCUUUCCAGAUGGGGCCAACCCAGACCUAUAACAACCAGUAUAUGAACCAGCCUGGUCCUCGCGGGCCCCCUUCCAUGUCAGGCCAAAUGAAUCCUGCUAGUAUGGGGGCGGGCAUGACGGCUUCCAAUAUGAGCGGCCCACCCAUGGGCAUGAACCAGCCAAGACCUCCAGGAAUGAACCCCUUCGGAAACCACAGCCAGAGAAUGCCUCAGCAGGGCUAUCCGGGUCCAAGGCCCCAGUCAAUGCCUAUGCCAGGGAUGAAGAGGCCUUACCCAGGAGAGCCAAACUAUGGCAGCCAGCAGUAUGGACCAAAUAGUCAGUUUCAAAACCAGCCUGGCCAAUAUCCAACUCCCAACCCUCCAAGACCCUUGCCGUCCCCCAACUACCCCGGCCAGAGGAUGCCAGGCCAACAGAGUACAGGCCAGUACCCUCCACACAGUGUCAACAUGGGCCAGUAUUACAAGCAAGAGCCAUUUAACAGUCAGAGCAACAAUUUUUCUGGGAGUGGAUACACAUACAGUCAAGGAAGUCUAAAUGGGCCUCCAAGGCCUGCAGCAAACUACCCACACUCUCCUGUUCCCGGAAACCCCACACCACCUAUGACACCGGGAAGCAGUAUUCCACCGUAUCUGUCACCUAAUCAGGAUGUCAAACAACCAUUCCCACCAGACAUCAAACCAAAUAUCAAUGCCCUCCCCCCACCUCCAAAUGCAAAAGGGAAAGUUCACGCUUUCUCUCCCUCUUCGAUCCCAGCCAACCCCAACGAUGAGCUGCGGCUGACAUUCCCUGUGAGGGACGGUGUUGUAUUGGAGCCGUUCCGAUUGGAACACAACCUGGCAGUCAGCAAUCACGUCUUCCACCUGCGGCCAUCCGUCCACCAGACUCUCAUGUGGAGGUCUGACUUGGAGCUCCAGUUCAAGUGUUACCACCAUGAAGACAGGCAGAUGAACACAAACUGGCCAGCAUCGGUGCAGGUCAGCGUCAACGCCACGCCACUCACAAUCGAGCGGGGUGACAACAAGACUUCCCACAAGCCUCUGCACCUAAAACAUGUCUGUCAGCCAGGAAGAAACACAAUUCAGAUCACAGUCACGGCCUGCUGUUGUUCACACUUGUUCGUACUGCAGCUGGUACACAGGCCCUCUGUCCGAUCGGUUCUUCAAGGCUUGCUGAAGAAGCGACUUCUCCCGGCUGAACACUGCAUCACGAAAAUAAAGAGGAACUUCAGCAGUGUAGCAGCUUCGUCGGGCAAUGCCACAUUAAACGGUGAGGACGGAGUGGAACAGACGGCUAUCAAAGUAUCCCUAAAAUGUCCAAUUACUUUCCGGCGGAUUCAGCUUCCAGCAAGAGGCCAUGACUGUAAACACGUACAGUGUUUUGAUCUGGAGUCAUAUUUGCAAUUGAACUGUGAACGAGGAACGUGGCGAUGUCCUGUAUGCAAUAAAACAGCACUACUUGAGGGCCUGGAGGUUGACCAAUACAUGUGGGGAAUCCUAAAUGCAAUUCAGAAUUCGGAAUUUGAAGAGGUCACCAUUGACCCUACUUGUAGUUGGAGGCCAGUACCAAUUAAAUCAGACAUCCACAUCAAGGAAGACCCAGAUGGACCAUUAUCAAAGCGGUUUAAAACUAUGAGUCCCAGCCAGAUGAUCAUGCCCAAUGUGAUGGAAAUGAUUGCUGCCCUCGGUCCAGGUCCCUCGCACUAUCCAUCACUACCGCCUCCACCAGGAGGAAAUGGUGAAUAUGGUAGCCAAGGCAUCAGUUAUCAAGGACACCACAGCUUUGACUUUCCCCAUGGUAACCCCGGUGGUACGUCUAUGAAUGACUUCAUGCACGGACCACAGCUGUCUCACCCACCUGACAUGCCCAACAACCUCAUGACUUCUGACAAGCCACUCAGCCACGCAAUGCCUGAAUCAAUCCCUCAUCCUGGCAGCACUGAUCAAUCCCAUAGCUCCAUGCAGCAAAGUUUGCACGCACCUCCUCACCCCAGCAGCCAGUCAGGGCAGCCAUUACAUCACAGUGGUCCUCCCCAGCAGUUACGGCAGGCGCUUCCGCAGCCCGGUUCUAACAACCAUCCACACAGCGACCUGACCUUUAACCCCUCAGCCUUAGAAGGUCAGGCUGGUGGGCAGGGACCGCCUGACAUGCCGGAACCCUCACUGGAUCUUCUCCCAGAGCUUGCGAACCCCGACGACCUGCUAUCAUAUCUGGACCCUCCUGACUUGCCAAGCAAUAGCAAUGAAGAUCUUCUUUCUCUCUUUGAAAACAAUUAAAGCUCUGCCCCCUCCAAAAAAAAAAAAAAAAAAAAAAAACAUGAAUCUUCUGGUUGUAGCCAUACAAGUCAACCCCAAAUUUCUCACAGGAGUACUAAAAUAAACAAACACAGGUGCACUCCCCUGCUCCUCUUCCUCUCAGAACUGUCUUCUUAGCCAGAUAAACUGACCGAAAGUAGCCGGAGACGCAAACAAUAUGCCAGUCUGAUUGGCUGCCAUGUGUGUCAUUCUUGAACAUUUGAAACUGUGCAGCUAUAUUCAAUCCUUUGUAAAUCAUGUAGAACAAGUGCUAUAAGAAUCAUAGACAGAUAUGUCGUAGCAUUUUGUUUUAGAGAAGAUAAUGGCACUGCCAGUGUCUGAAAGCCUGUCGACCAAUGUUCUUCCAGUCCUAGAAACUGUGGCUUCUCUAGGCAACUGCACCUUUGCCAACUGACAUCCCAACGAAUAACAGAGUACCGCUGGCUCCAAGAGCGACAUUCAAAGCACAAGAGGUUACGUGAAACUCCAAAAGACAGCAAAACCUUAAAGGGAAGUGCUCCUGCAACGCAAUCAACUUUGGAGGAAUCACCUAUGGAUGAAUCACCUUUUGCUGUCCAGUGUAUAGGCAAUCCCAGAACAUUUGUGGGGAUUUUACAUUACAAAGCAAAAGGUGCAGAAAAAAAAGAGAAUUUUGCCAGCACAUGGAAACGCAGCCAUUACGGUUGAAAACUUGCGGUGUGUAUAAGGGAAAAAUGAGACUAUGGUCGACGACAAUGAGCAUUUAUUCUGUUUUUUUUGUUUUGUUUGUUUUUGUUUUUCUGAACAUGAAAAUUUCUCUUCACUGCACAAUAAACAGAUCAGUACUAGUGAGGCACUAAUCCCUCCUAGGAGGGAGUAAAUUAACUUUCCCUCUCCCACUGUCUUCUGUAAUUCGCUGGACUGGGUAUUCAGCAGAUCCCCAAUUUCUUUUUUAUUUUUACAAGACUGUUACAUAUUGGCCCAGUUCCUAAGUUACCUACCAGGAGUUUUAUAUAAACAAAAUAAUCCACUUAUUAGAUUAUUAUUACUAUUACUGCCCUCAAUAGACCUCAGUGCCAGAGUCACUGUAUUGCACCCUUGCCUUGUGCUUCUCUUACGUGGUUGCUUAUCCUGCAUGAGCCUUGUGUCGCUCUUGUACCCAUUUUGUGGUGUUUGUCGCUCUCUUUGAUGAAUUAUGUACAGUAAAUUGUCUAAAAAGUGCACGUGUGCCAAUUUUGCCCUUGUUCGGUGAUGUUCCCAGCUAAAACGCAAUGUAUGUUUUCAUCAAUGAAUUUUACUCCAGGAAAAUCUUUUUUUUAUUUCUUUUCUUUUUUUUUCUACCUUUUUUCUUCAUUCUUUUUUCAACACUAAUUUUGCUUGGAAUCUUAAAAUGCCAGAGAGAUUGUUUUCUCUUAUUAUUUUGUUGUCCAUUUUUUUAUGAUAAUACUUUUUUCUUUUUUUUUUUUUUUUUGCAGUGAUGCAAAUGGUAUACAAUGAACUUGCCAUUGGGAAAUUGCUUUAUAUCACCAAAGUUAUCUUUGUAAAAAAAAAAGUGUUAUUUUAUUCAUUUUAUUAAAAGAAAUUGUAAUAUCUGGUCCACCACUGCUGUAGAUGCAUCAUAAAUGUAUGGUAGUCCCCAGUACUUUGCUGUAGAUAUUAAAACAAAUGGCUAAUUGUCUUUUUAUUUCUGGUAGCAGUAUUGGAACUGUAAAGGUCAUCUAGAGAAGUUCCCAUCUUUUUUUUUCUGUUUCGAGUUUUAAAAGAAAACCGCUGUUCAGUAUGCAAAAUGAUUAUUUUAAAAAUGCUAUUGUAAAUAUCUUUGUGAAUAUUUUAGUAUUGUCUUUGAUAAUAUUCAACAUUUUCAUGAUUGGGGUGUCCAUUGUUGGUUUUCAGUACCUUCUCUGGUAAGCUUUUGUCCCUUGUUAAAGGAGGGUUGUUCUAUAAAGCAGCGAGACGUUGAAAAAAUGUCUCCAUAAGGUAAUUUGUCCAGGUUUACUUUUUUCCUACAAAGAUUUUAGAGUUCAUUGAAAUGAGAAAUAUAUAAACAGAUAUAUCUGUGUCUUUUAGAAUUUGUAUCACAGAUAUGGAACAAAGACAAAUCUGCAAAGGGCUUGGCACUAUUUUAAAUCAGAACAGCCUUACUCUUUCAAUUGGAAACCUUUAUAUGUAACCCUAUUAUAACCAUGUUGUCUGGGCUUUAAUAAGUCUGAUCAAUUGCUGUUUUCUGUCAAUUGUAUGUAUAGAUGUUUGACUCUUCAUUUGUCUUAAAGAAGGCGUUACAUGGGCAGAAUUUGAGCUGUGCUGUGGUCCAAAUCAACAUAUUAUACAGAAUAAUACCUAAAAGUUGAAUGCACCCUGGUUGAUAUGUCGGUAAUAUUUAAAAAUGUAUUUAUUUAGUAUGUUACGGCUUUACAUUUAUCAAUACAAUUUGUAUUUUGUAUUUUUGUUAUCUCUAGUGAAAGAUAAAGACCAUUUAAAUAUUGUAUCUCAUAUGUUGGUAUGUUUUUGAUUUUUUAAAUAUUUUUUUUUAUAUAAAUAUAUGAUUUUAGUAAGUAAAAAAGUAAAGCUAGUGCUCUUUAUUAUUUGGUUGUACUUAUUUAUGGGUGUUGCAGAACCACUACAGAAAGAUUCCACAGUCAUAUUUGCUGUUGGAGUGGAUUGUUGCACCUAUGAAGUGGAAGAUAAAGAUGUGUACUGGUGCUUGUUCUCUUACGACUUCCACAUUAAUAGUGAGACAUAGACGUAAGCAACUUUAAGGCAAAUGAAAGGUCUCUCGUUUAAAAAAUAAAUUAAAUAAAUAAAAUGCACUGCCAGAUUAUUUUACAUUCUGGAAAUGGGAUAUUAAAAACAAUAACCUCAAUGUUAUACACGUUGGUGUACUGACAUCUGUGAGCUGUGUUCAUGUAACAAGCUCCCUCCCCUUACUGUAGUUGUACGAUCUAAAGACCCCCCCACCCCCCCCACCCGAAAAUGAUAGUCCCCCCACCAAUACAUGGGACUGUAGGACACAAAGUGGCUGCCGUGGGGGGACCCAAGGGAUAUCUGUACAUAUGUAAAUGAUGAAUAGAGACAUGUUAACAGAAAUGUAUUCAUUUUCCUUGGGAAUGUGCAUUGUUUCUUUAGGAUUAAACAAGCUUGCAACCCCUAUCAGAAGUGACUCAGUGUGGAAAAUGAAUCUUGUUUGUUAGUGUCGUGAAAUCUCAGCAUUUGUUUCACUUGUAAUAUACUCGAAUCCAUUUUACGAGGGGGAAAAACACUUUUGUUUUACAUACAUGUAAUAUUUAGCCUAAGUGUAUUAGUCUAUCACCUGUCUAUUUUUAAGGUGCUACAGAAAAUAAUUAUGAAGAAAAUAAAGGGGAAGGGAACAGUGGGGAGGGGGGGUUCAAAAAGAUUGGAACCAAAUUCAUAGUUUGUACAAUUUUUGAUAUGAUCAGAAGAAAAAAAAACAAAAAGGUACAAUCUGAGGUGAUAAAUGCAAAAGUGGCCAUUGUCAUUUUGUUUGUACAUUGUAUGUACAAUGCAAU